CUCUCCUCCUCAUCCUCGCAAUCUCUCUAUUAUACCCCCCAUCCCAACCCCAAUGACCCAACCCCAACCCCAACCCCAAUUCCAACCAUGAAAAUGCCCCCCCUCCCACGGGCAUGGCGACAGCACACAACCAUGACGCCCUUGAAUUCUACCCAGCGUAUUGUUUCAAGGCGUCCCCAACCCACUUCACCUGGGUGAAGAUGGCCGCGGUGGAUGUACUACGAUUGAAAAGAAGGCCGGAGUUUCCAGACCCCAAAACCUACUUCCACAAAAACCAUCCCAUCCAAUACAUCUCCCUUUUAGGAAUAAUAACCUCUCGAACGGAUCUACCCACGCUCACGAUCCUAACGCUCGACGAUAGCAGCGGUGCGACGCUCGAUGUGGUGGUUCAGAAAGCCAUUUCUACACCCUUCACAUCCAUGUCACCAACUGGAAUGCACACACACAUAUCCCCCACAACCACCCUCCCGCUGGACAUAACCCCCUAUACACCGGGGACGCUCGCGCACCUGAAAGGCACAGUGACCACCUUCCGCGGCGUGAAUCAGCUGCAGCUCGAGCGGGUAUUCCCUGUGCGGGACACGAACGCUGAGAUGCGGUUCGUGGAUCAGCGGUCGCGGUGUUUGGUGGAGGUGUUGGAUGUGCCGUGGCG